AUGUCGGGCUAUGCGCGCCCGGCCGGAAGUCAGCCAAUUGAAAUGACGGAUAUGCGAGAAGUUCAUCGGUCUGGGGAGAAUGAGACCAGACAAAGAGCAAGCUCGAUAUCCACUGAUGAAGACGAGGAAGAAAAUGAUGCAUUGCCAACAGACCCGUUUGAACCAUUCGGUGACGUCGAGCCAGCAACAGGGAACAUCCUCACCUUUCGUGCCCUGAUUGUGGGCUGUCUAUGUGGAACGCUUGUGAACGCCUCCAAUCUGUACCUUGGGCUCAAGGCUGGUUGGACUGACUCUGCCAAUAUUUUCGGGUCUAUCAUUGGCUUUGCCAUUCUGCAGCCAUUGACGUCGUAUUUGACUUCUUUGGGAUACCAGAGCCAGCUUUUUGGACCUCAGGAGAAUAAUAUCGUCCAAACUGCGGCUACCGCUGCUGGGGGAUUGUCCAAUGUCUUUGUCUCCGCUAUACCUGCAUUGUACCAACUGGGGUUACUCACCACCCCCAGUAAGGACUUUGCACGUUUAGUAGCUAUUACUGCAGCUGGAGGAUACUUUGGUCUGCUCUCCGCGGCUCCCUUGCGGAAGUUUUUCAUCUUUCAAGUAGCAAGAGAACUCCGGCUUAUCUUUCCUUCGUCGGCGGCAACAGCUAUCACCAUCCGAGGCAUGCAUCUUGCAGCCAGUGGUGCAUACGAAGCUCGGCAGAAAAUGCGAACUCUGGCGUACAGUUUCAUCUUCGCUAUGCUGCUGCGCGUAGUGUCCCAGUAUGCCAUUGGUAUCUUAUGGGAUUGGCAUAUUUUCACUUGGAUCGCGUCAACUGGCUUUAUGGCAGACACAGCCAUGGCGAUAGAAAGCUGGGGCUGGUUUAUUGAAUGGACGCCAGCCUUUAUCGGGUCUGGAAUGCUGGUUGGUAUGAAUGUAGCUGCGUCCUUCGUUCUUGGAUCAAUCCUUGCGUGGGGAGUCAUAGGACCCUACUUGGUAUCUCACGGAUUGGCGUUCGGAAAAGAGGCAGCCUCAGCUGACGGGCUCGUCUCCUACUUCUCCUUGUCAGCUGAGUAUGCAGAUGCCCAACAUCCCAGCCCUCGGUACUGGCUCCUGUGGCCAGGAGUCGUGUGCAUGAUAGCGGCGGCGUUCACCGAAUUAUUCUGCCAAUGGCGGGUUAUCUGGAUAGCCGCCCGCGGCUUUUGGCAAACACUCAAGACACGACGGCAAAAGGAAUACACUUAUACGACCAUUGGUGGGGAGAAAAAUCUUGCCAAUGAGGACGACAUCCGAUUGUGGAUGUGGCUACCCGGGCUAGUAGUGAUAAUAGUCGUUACUUGCUUCAUCACGAGCGUGCAAUUUGAAAUGUCUGUCGCAGAAACAUUACUUGCGCUCACUCUGGCGUUUCUUCUCUCACUACUCGCGAUUCACGCUUCUGGAGCGACCGACACUGUGCCACUCUCAUCUCUCUCCAAAGUGUCCCAAGUUGUCCUCGGAGGAAUUACGCAAGGGUCCGCGAGCAUCGCAAGUGCGCAGCGUUUAAACCUACUUGGCGGAGCUCUUACCAAUAUCGGGGCGAAUCAGGCAUGCGAUCUUAUGGGCGAUUUCCGCGUGGGCUUUCUUCUAGGCACAUCACCACGUCUUCAAUAUGCUGCCCAGAUGAUAGGGACAUUAGUCGCUGCCCUUGUGGCCCCUACAAUGUUUCUUAUCUUCGCUUCUGCGUACCCCUGCAUUCUGUCAGCUGAAGACACUGCUGGAGAUGGCGGAGACUACCAGUGCGAAUUCCCAGCACCCAGCGUCGCCGCCUGGCGCGCUAUCGUCCUCGCCGUGACAAGGCCCGAAUCACCGAUACCGCGAAGCAGCUGGGUGUUUUCCAUAGCCAUGGCGGUAUUGGCCAGUGUGAUGGUACUGGUCAAGAAUCUCUUUAACAGCACAUGGAACCGAAUUCAGCCAUAUUACCCCAAUAUGAUGAUUAUGGCGAUGGCGUUUACUCUGCCGUCAACGCAGUACGGAACGGCAAUGUUUAUUGGAGCCGUGAUUGCCUCCGUAUGGAAACGGAAGUGGCCUGAUGGGUUUGAAAAAUAUGCCUAUGCUGUGGCAGCUGGCGCCAUGGCUGGAGAAGGCAUUGGAGGGGUCAUCAAUGCUAUCCUAUCCGGUAUCGGGCUGGACGGCGGAAACUUUGGUACCACCGUUGGUACUCCAUGA